UCUCUGUGCACCAUCCUCCAGCCUGCCUCUGCUCUCAAAGAGACAAGACCUCCACAAGACCCCUUAUCCAGGUCACUCUUAAAGGACUGACUCGGGCGGUUCCAUGUUGCUGGUUUAGAGGGGGUGACUGUCAGCAGAGUCUUAGCAGCCUUGUUGGUGGCUCUUCUUUUAUAGCUAGUUAUUUAUAUAGUCCCUUCUCCUUGGUGUUUCAAGACCCAACUGCCAAAAUGUCCAGCAAAAGGGCGAAGGUGAAGACCAGCAAAAAGCGUCCUCAGAGGGCCACCUCUAAUGUCUUUGCCAUGUUUGACCAGUCACAGAUCCAGGAGUUCAAGGAGGCCUUCAAUAUGAUCGACCAGAACCGUGAUGGCUUCAUCGAUAAAGAGGACCUCCAUGACAUGCUGGCUUCAUUAGGUAAGAACCCCACCGACGAAUACCUUGAGGCCAUGAUGAACGAAGCACCAGGUCCUAUUAACUUCACCAUGUUCCUCACGAUGUUCGGAGAGAAGCUGAAUGGCACGGACCCCGAGGACGUCAUCAGAAACGCUUUUGCUUGCUUCGACGAGGAAGGAACAGGUUUUAUCCAAGAGGAAUACCUCCGGGAGCUCCUGACCACCAUGGGCGACAGAUUCACAGACGAAGAGGUGGACGAGCUCUUCCGAGAAGCUCCGAUUGACAAGAAGGGCAACUUCAAUUAUGUGGCGUUCACGCGCAUCUUAAAGCACGGUGCCAAGGACAAGGAUGAUUAGGAAGGGACCGGAUUGCACUGAAGACCCAUGCACAUAAUGCGUACUGCACAUCAUGUUUAAUUGUUGUAGGCCAAUUCACACGUGUUGGCUUUAGAAGGAAGGCACAUAACACUACAAGGCAAGACUGAUCGAUUUGAUAAACCUCGUAGAAAUUCUUAAUAUACUUCUAUACUGUAUUUAUAACUACAUAGUGGCGUACUCAGGAGCAAAAUGAAGCUGUAGCAGUGUUACAAGGGUUUGAAGUAAGCUCGGGAAUGAUGGUGGUCUACACGCUAGCAGCUUUGCUGUUCCAUUUUGUUAGGCUUUAACAUUUCAUCAGAAAACCAGUUAAAGACUGCUGAGAGUUAAGCUUAAAUCUGAAGUAUGGCACUACCGUUGCUGUAUUAAAUUAUUGACGCACUAAUUAUUUAUGCACUUUUUUUUUGUUGUUCAGCGAUACUGUUUAGAUACAAAGUUUAAGAAUACACACGUUGGUUUGUUUUAAAGUGUGCAGCUGAAAGUUACACUGAGCACUAUGGUCAUUGCUACUACUGAAAUAUUAGUAAGGGUGCUUCCAACCAACCAAUGAAGUAUGUAACCACAUGGUAGAGGCAGCUUCCACAAUGUAACAAGCUCGUCCAUCGUAAAAUAGGAUGCUGUUGUGGUUUUCCAUUUGUGGUGUAAAGUAAAGCAAUAAUCUUCCACUGCAAAGUCUCACAGAAUGUAUAACUGAAAUAAAGAACCGUGUAUAACAAA